UCAAUUUUAGCUCGAAUUAUUUUAAAUAAUUUAUAAUAAAAAAUAUUAAAAUUGGAAAAAACUCCACAGCUUUUUUCUGAGUGUUUAAGCAAAAUAGAUGAAAGAAGAUGAAGAAGAAGAAGAAGAAGAAGAAGAAACACACGUACUCUAACCUUCUGAACACGGACAAAGAAGGAGAAGCAGGGGGUGGGGGGGAGAGGAGACAACUGAAGAUUUUUCAUGUUCUAGAACAUUGGAGUAGGGGAGAGCUUCGUUUAAUGGCGCUCCAUCUGUCAACUGCCUUUCAAGAUUCUUCCCACAUUUUUCUUCGGUUGUUCAGCAACGGUAUACAAGCCCUCGAACUCAUCAAGGACAGCAUUUCUCACUUGUUUAGCAACAUGUGCCCCUGCAAGCCCUACGUCGAUCUGCAUCAAAGGACAUCAAGGCAUGAUGAAGUACUGCAUUCUGUUCUCAAAGAUAUUAUCGUGUCUGUUGGUGAUGAAUAUCAAAUAAGAACACAAGAUUGGCUUUCACAAAAGAAGGACUAUGAUAAUAAAGGAGAUUCUCUUGAAGUUUUCAAUGUAUUGGAUGCAAUGUUGAAAGACAGUUUGGAACGUUUGAAAAUAAUGAGGGACAGCAUGUCACUGGCAAAGUUAGGUCUCAAGGAUUACACUUUUAGAUCUGAUUACAGUGGUCAUGUAUUUACAAUCAGGAACUUGUGUUUGGAAGGAAAGUUGCAAUCAGCUUUAUGGCUUCGGAACAAAAUGAUACAUAAAAAUGUUAUUCCUGAUGUUCUUACUCACAAUUACAUUGUAAAUGGACUUUGCAAAAGAGGUGACUUGGAGAAGGCAGACUGGCUUAUUAGAGAAAUGUUAGAAAUUGGCCCCCCACCUAAUUGUGCUACCUAUAACACUUUUAUCAAAGGUUAUUGCCUUAUUGAUAAUGUGGAUAAAGCUCUGUAUCUUUUUUCCAGUAUGGCUAGUAGCGGCAUUAGGCCAAACCGAGUUACUUGUAACAUACUUGUGCAUGCACUUUGCGAGAAAGGCCUUUUGGAGGAUGCUAGGAAGCUUCUUGGAGAAAUACUAAAUGAUAAUCAUGACCAGGAAACAUCAGAUUUAAUUACCUCAACUAUACUUAUGGAUGGUUGUUUUAAGAAUGGUGAUAUUGUUAAUGGUCUUGGUCUUUGGGAUAAGAUAUUUCAAAAGGUUACCCAAAUAGAUGUGGUUGCAUAUAAUGUCCUUGUCCAUGGAUUUUGUUUGAGCCAAGACAUGAACCUUGCGUAUGGAUACUCCUGUGACAUGUUUAAAAGAGGUAUACUUCCGGAUGUUUUCACUUAUAAUACUCUCAUAAGUGCCCUUUGUAAAGAAGGAAAGUAUGAUGAAGCUUGUUAUACCCUUGGUGUUAUGUCAAGAAUGGGAGUUGCUCCAGACCACAUUUCAUAUAAAUUGAUUAUUCAUGGCCUAUGUAUUCAUGGAGGUGUUAAUAGAGCUUAUGAGCUUCUUCUUCUAAUGCUAGAGAAGUCAAUGGUGCCUGAGGUUUUGAUAUGGAAUGUUGUGAUUGAUGGUUAUGGGAGAUGUGGAGAUGUUAAUAAGGCCUUCUCUGUUAAAGAUCAAAUGGUGGCAUUUGGUGUUCUGCCAAAUGUAUACACUUAUAAUGCAUUAAUUCAUGCACAAGUGAAAGCUGGAUGUAUUUAUGAUGCUCAUUCCCUAAAAGCAGAAAUGCUCUUAAAUGGUAUCUCUCCAGAUGUCAUCAGUUAUAAUAUGUUGAUAGGUGCUGCUUGCAAUAAAGGAAACAUCGGUUUUGCACUCCAACUACAUCAUGAAAUGCUGAGAAGGGGUUAUGAUCCCGACAUAAUAACUUACACAGAACUAAUUAGAGGUUAUUGUAUGAAAGGCAACUUGAAAGAGGCAGAAGUUCUUUUUGCCAAAAUACAGAGAUCUGGUUUACCUAUAGAUCACGUUCCAUUUCAAGUGCUUAUAAAUUACUGCAAAAUGAGAGAGCCGGAUAGGGCUUUUGACCUUUAUCAACAAUGGUUAACAAGGGAGAAAUGAUUAAGCAUUGGCACAUCAGAAUAACAACUUCUGACAAACAAUAUCCUGCUAUGGUUGCCAUGUGCAAUUUGUGUGCCCAAAUUCGAGCCAUCUCUGCAAUAGUGGCAACUAUCUUCUAAUGGCAUGAUGGAAUUUGUCAAGCUACAUAUGAAAUGUCAUAGGAACUAAAUCAGCAAUUAUUGCAGUCAGUCAAUGUUAGCGCCGGGACAUUGGUGAAUUAUUAUGAUUGUUACUCUGGUUGGAUUCAACAGUUGGUAAGACUUGUCUAAUGAAUGUUUGGGCUGGUGGAAUAACUGGGGAGUAAAUUGAGGGAGUGUAAAUAUAUCAAGCUAUUCCAUAUUGGCUUGGAUUACGGCAUACUCACUCCGGUGCUCGAAAUUUUGUGAGUCAUUUGGUUCUCUACUUGGCUUGGUCUACAAUCUCAUAUUGACACGGAAACAAGAAAGGGUUCUUGUGGAUGAGGUCACAGAACUUGUUGAGCUUUGGAACUUUUAGUUGAUAUCAAGAAUCGACUGGUUGUGCGCGGAAUAAGAAAAUGUCCACAAGUGCCGCUAAGAUUGUGGCCAAUCUGGGUCCCAGGGCUGCUGCUGCUGCUACUUCCGUAAUAAGAACUCUUGAGGGAAUAUUGUGAAUCAUGGAGGACAAUUAUUUGCAAUGGAUCCUGCUGCUGUAACAAGAACUCUUGGGAGUAUAUCGUGAAUCAUCGAUGACAAUUAUUUGCAAUCCAUUGGCCAAGCUGAGAUAUUUGGUGGAGAUUUUGUUUUUGUUUUAUUUUUUUCAAUGACAUGCCCCCCCCCCCCCCCUCUCUUGCUCACCGCCUGUGAGAAAUGCAGAGGCAGGAGUCUGCCCAUGUCCUGCAUCAGGUGAUUUGAAGGCUGUUGAACAGAAUUCACACCUCGGCAUCCCCGCUGAGAUGCGUUGUCCUCAGCUAAGUCAUCUACCUACAUACAGGCAUUUUGGCUGGGAUUCUGUUUAAACAGAAAGUAUUCAUUGUCGGGAUAUUGUUUUCUAUCUUGCGGGAAUGUUUGAGUUUUUUCAGGAUGCAAACUAGUAGUUGGUACCUUUAGAUGCCAAAUUCAUAUGGAUCAAAUCUAGACAUUCUUCCCCACUGUCAACAAAGGUCAGAAAAUGUGGUGGUUUUAGUGGGACGGGUCAUUGAUGCAUUGGAUAAACAAAUCGGCAUUGAUUGCUUCCCAGAAUGGCCCAAAAUUUUGCCAAUGAAUAUUUGCAAUUGGAAAACAUAUACAAGCAUUGGCGCGCAGUUUGGCUGAUGAAGAAGUAUAUAUGCUAGGCAUCAUAUAUAUGGUGUUUAAUUUUUUUAGUCAUUUUCUUAAUGUUCGACUGUUUUUUUGUUUGUAUUUACAAAUUAAUUUAAUCAUUUUUUAAUGUUUCUAAAGCUUACUAUGAGCCA